CGCUUUAUUUGCAAUAGCAGACAACCCAAGCAGUUAAAUUUCACAUAUGAUCUCCGUUGUCGACCAAAAUGUCUAAGAAUUAGAGUCCAAGUAAAAGUAACGAAACUGGGCAUCAAAUUAAUGUAGACAGCAGCUCGACGGAUGUUGGAAACCUUGCUACAGGAUUUGAAAGAACAGUCGUCGUUUCAAAUGCAUCAUCGAUUCGUUUCCGAUUUCCCAUUACAAAUCAGGUGCGUCAAGUGGGUCCAAUUACAAGAAACUCAUUAAGGCAGUUGAUGAAUGACCAAGCCAUUCGUAACUCUACUACUAACCCCAACAUUAACUCAACACUUCUUCUAAAUAGUAACAAACCUGUAAAGCUAGUGCGUGUUGUUACACCAGGGAACACAUUGAGGUUAGGAAAAACGCCCAACAUUCGACUAACUCAAAUUAGAGUAACAAACCCCAACGUGCAGCUCAAGCAACCACAACAAAAUAAGUCAUAUGCUUCUGCUGGACCAAUUGUUCUUUUCCGAGGGGAAAGUCGUGGCGAUCAUCGCCCAAUCGUGGACAUAGAUGCCCCAGAAGGAAUAGUAAAUAAUUUAGAUAGCGAUACUGACAAGACCCAUGUGAAUGAAAGUGGUCCUUCUACAUCAAACAGCAGCGAGUCGUUGAAGGGCAAGACAAAGACACGAAACAGAUGGACAGAACCAGCUACGAAGAAAAUGUUGGAAGUUUACGAGGCUUUAAAAAAACCGGAUCUGUCGAAACCUCACAAAAGGAUGGCCUUGUGGACUGCGAUUGCGGAACAAUUGGCCGACGAAGGUUUUUCGUUUUCUGCAGCUCAAUGUAUGGACAAAUUCAGUAAACUUCAAGGGCAAUAUCGCUCUCGUUUGGAUUUUAAGGGGAAAAACCUCGACCCAUGGGUACAUCAUGCUACUUUGCAGCGAAUUGAAGGACACAAAGCUGAAAACAGCAGUGCUUUCGUCCGGGAAACUGGGACCAAACGAAAAGAAGAGGCUGAUUAUCCAACCUCUGAUUGCGAUGUAAACAUACACUUCAUUCAUUUAUUGCAGGAAGAAGACGAGUGUUGGUUAUCGAACUCAAAGAGACGGAAGACGCAGGUUCCAAAAAAAUGCUGAUUUUUUGAAAGAACUUAUUGAGAGGGAGAAGGAAGAAGCUGAAGAAAGAAGAAAUAGGUAUGAAGAACAAAAGAUAAGGGAUGAUGCUGUUGCAGAACAUAAGAAGACAAUUGCUGAACAAAGUUCAAAGAGAAGUGAGCUUCAAAAGUCCUGAACCGAAGCCUUGCGCUUACUUUCCGCUGCCCUUGUUCAGCACUUGACUCAACAGAAACCUACUUAAUUUUUCAAUAUGAAUCAUUUCUAUUUUAUUCCAAGUCACGCUGCUAAUAGAAAUCAAAGUAGAGGAAAUCCUGCAGUACAAACCUUUUCUGUCACCCUUUUCAAACAAGAGACCACCAAUUAAGUUAUUUUAUUUAUUUCAUUUGGCAUUGUGAUAUCGUAAGAAGUCAAAUACACUCUUUGUUUAUUUAUUCAGACAGCCACGAAAUAACCUGCAAGUUAAUCUCUUCUGAUUUUAGCUUCAUUUUCAAUUCAAAAUCUAUAUUAUCAUCAUUUUCUAUAUCUUCCUCCUCCAGUGGGUGGUCCCUAAGAAAUUCGGUCAUGUUUACUGUCUCGAAAAAUGGUUCAUCAAGUCAAAUCAAACAAACAGGCGCGGCUGUUGAAAACGGCGAAAAGAUGGUACAUAGAUGGUACAUUUAGUAUCGUCAAGAAACCCUUCAUGCAGAUAUGGACGAUUCACGCCUUCUUUCGUUACAAGAACGAAAAGAAAAUGGUGCUUUUAAUCUGUUCAAGUGGGUUUGUACACAAAAAUGCUGGAGCAGGGACAAAGUUUAAGAAGACAAAGAAAAACUUACCGAGAAUUGAACGAAAAACUGUUCAAAUUUUAGGAUGAUUACAACUAGCAGCACCUCACCAGCAAAGAAUUUUUGGAAAAAUGUGCCAAUAUUUAUACACAUUUUAAUGCCAUUAAAUACGCAAAAACUGCGAAUGAUGCCCGUGUAACGGAAAUAGAGACAGAAUAAGUCACAUAACACUCUCCAAAAAAGACUCCCGGUGCCACCCGGGAGUAACAAAAAACAAAACAAUUGAGUGAUAACACUCUCCAAAAAAAGACCAAAAAAGACUUCCGGUGCCACCCGGGAGUAACAACAAAACAAAACAAUUGAAAAAAAAACAAAAAAAUAAUGUUAGAGGAUUUCGUGCGUCAUCCAAUCUAUUUUUUAAUAAAGUGGUGUAUGCUCAGAAGACAAAAUAUAUGCCACGGCCAGCGGUAUUCCAGAUGUUCGUUGGUUCCAGCUGGCGCCCUGCAACCCACUUGUUGAGACAGUAUGUUGUGUGCUAGUACCUGACCAACUAGGAUACCCUAAUGGCGAGUCAACAUUCAUAGCAUGAACAGCCACAACACACACCGUGCCAACCUUACACACACCACAUUAAAAAAAAAUAAGAAAGCAAAACGGCACAUCCUAGAAGGCUCUACCCCCCAAAAAAGCUAUUAUCUAAAACCAAAAUCAAAAUUUUGCUUGGGUUGGCGGCACCUGAAAAUUAACAGUAUAAACAAUUAUACAAAUGUGACGAUUGUUUUAUUUAUAAAUUUUGUAUAUGGUACAUAUACAAUGAAUUCCUAUAAUGGUGUCUAUUUUGACAGCUACAUUUCACGCCCCCGUCAUGUAAACAAAUACAGGGCAUUAAUUUUAUUUUUUCCUAAAUUACAACGUAUGAAAUAAAAAAAUAGAAUAGUACUCACAAUUUAACGUG